UGGUUGUAGCAAUAUCGUUCAUCAGACCAUCACAGAACCAAACACUUAACGAUCAUCCCCUUCGCAUCCUUUCGGUUUCUACGUACGAGGGGGAAAUAUGAAGGCCAGUUCAGGAGCAUUGCUCGCCGUCAUGGCGGUCGCCGCAUUGGCCACCACGGCGCUGGCGAAGAACUACACGGUCGACGGCUCCACCGGCUGGGACACGUACGUCAACUACGGCAAGUGGACCGCCGGCAAGACCUUCAUGGUUGGCGACAACAUAGAAUUCAAGUACGAAGUGUACCACAACGUGCUGGAGGUCACCAAGGCGGACUACGCUAGCUGCGCCACCGGCAGCCCCAUCUCCACCCACUCCGGCGGCGACACCACCUUCGAGCUGACCGAGGCCGGCACCCGCUACUUCAUCUGCGGCAUUCCUCGCCACUGCAGCAACGGCACCAUGCACGUCAAGAUCACCACCGUGGCCUACGACGCUACCACCGCUGCCGCAAUAGAAGCAGCGGCGGCGCCUGGCGCUGCUCCUUCUUCGGCCCCGCUUCCCUCCCCACCCGCCGACGUCUACUCUGACGCCAGGACCGCGCCGGCGGGCGCCCCAGGCGCCUCUGUGCCCAAGUCAUCAGCGCCGCGGUAUCAGCGGACGUCGGCGGCCGUGGCCGGGCUGGCGUUCGCUGCCCUUCUGGCCAUUGCUGCGUAAAUCAAGCAACAAACGGACGAUUUCUGCCAACGUGUAGUGCGAUUACUACCGUUGUGUGCAUCUGAGUAUUUGUUUCGAGGCGUGGUUAACUAUUCUUUGUACCAAAGGCUGUCUUUUUUCUUGUUUAUAAACUUUAUUUAUUUCCAUUGUUAAUUCCUUGUAUAUUUGGUGUAUGGAUACUUUGUAACUCCAUUUUGAAAGAAGUCCUCGUAAUAUGGUAUAUACUCCACAGUUUUUGCGAGAAA